AUACAAUUUUGAUAAAUCUGCUUGAAAAUCAUACCUGUGUAAGGAAGAAAAGGAUACGGUGAAAUUGAAAUUCCUGAUUCCUGUACAGAGUUAGAGUAGACUAGCCUAAAGGAUCUGUCAAGAUCCAGAUACAUACAUGUACAAAAUGUCUAGAAAUGAAGACACAGAUGAGGAGUAUGAGAUACUGAAUCUGUCUGAGAUUGACAGAACAUGGCUGCAGCGCACAUUCACUCAUGUCACCAAGGCAUCUGCAGCCAAACAGAUAGCAGUUGGAGGAGUAUCCGGAUGGUGUGCUGGUUAUGUGUUUGCUAAGGUAGGCAAGUUGGCAGCUACAGCACUUGGGGGAAGUUUACUAUUAUUACAGGUGGCUCACUACAAAGGUGUCAUUACAAUCAACUGGAAGAAGCUGGAGAAAGAUUAUGAUAAUGCCAAAAAACAAAUAACAAAGAAUGCAAGAAAGCUAGACAAAUUUGCUCCAGGAUACGUGGAGAAUGUAACAGAAUUUGCAAGUCAAAAUGUGCUACUUGCUGGUGGUUUCACAGGAGGCUUUCUUCUUGGACUUGCUUCAUCAUAGCACAUAUUAUAGAUGACCUUAGUACUCCAUCGGGGCAGGAGCUGAAGUAAUAUUGUGGAAGUAUUAAUUGCAAAUACUCUAAAAUCAUGUUUAAUGCAAUACAUUAUCUGUCUCAGAGUAGCAUUAUUAUUAUUGAAAGAGAGCAUGUUCGAUUCUGUAAAUAUGUUUUAUGUCUAGGUGAAAAGGCAAAUGAUGUAUGAGCACUUGGUGAAUGUGGUAGGCAUCCUUUAAACAUUGUAUAUAUCAAACAUUGUAUAAAAUAUUGGCUAAACCUUCUUAAAAUACCGGAUGAAAGAUUACCAAAAGCUUCCUAUAAAAUGCUAAAGUGGUAGGAUAAUUUUGGCAACACAUGUUAAAACCUUAUUGAGUUCUAUGGGCUUUGGAAUUGUUUACACCAACCAAAGUGUUGGAGAUGAAAACUUAUUUCUAAAAAUAUUUGUGCAAAGAAUAAAAGAUGACAAUUUACAAGCAUGGUCAGGAUCAUUAUUAGCUUCAAAUAUACAGUGAUUUCAAAAGUAUAUUAGAAGUCGAAACAUAUUUAUCAGUUGUAAAUAUUGUCAAAUAUAGAAGAGCUUUAACAAGGUUAAGAUGUUCCAAUCAUAAACUGAAAAUUGAAAUUAGUAGACAUCAGGAUAUGUCAAAAGAGGAUCGCAUAUGCCCUCUUUGAAUUUCAUUUUAUUUUAAUGUGCCCAUCAUAUAUUGAUCUAAGGGAAGAGUACAUCAAAAGGUAUUAAUAUAUUUUACCAUCACA